AUGUCCGACAACUUCCAUGACGUUACUGAAAACUCUCAAGGAUACCGGUUCUUCAACACAAGGGAGCCUUUCUCUCGUCAUCAUUCCUCUCAUCAUUGGCAUCGUCUAAAUUUCGACGUUCUUCCAAAAGUCGCCAAUUUUUCAAGACGAUUCAUUGCGAGAGUCCGUGAGAACUUGGCGAACUUCGGUUCUGCUCCCGCAGAAGAAGAAGAACUGAGCAUUGAGAGAGCUCGGGACGGUCAAGACGAUCGAAGGGAGCACAUUGAUUUGUCAGAAAUCUUCAGCGGUGAAAAUCACAAUACACAACUUCAGGAAGCUAGCGGCAUCUUGGGAGGAGUUUUCAAUCUUAACUUCGACAAAUCUUUAGAAGGACAUCAUCACUUUCAAUCCGAUCAUCUUGAUCUCGAUUCUUCUUCUCAAUCGACACAAGACGUUAUAUAUCUUCGCGAUAUGUCUACAACCACAUCCAUAUCUGAACCAAUUCUUCAUCAAUCCGCGAAGAUUAAUCUAACACCGCCUGGAAAGAAUCCGAUCAGCAGUCAUCAGAAAAAAAUGUCAGACAAAUCAGAUGAAAUCUCAAUGUUCCGAUCGGAACCCAUGAAACUGUAUCAAAUGAUUCUUGUGAAAGAAGCAGCAUUCGAGUGUGUGGCGGAAUUGGGAAAGCAUGGAAAUGUACAAUUUAUCGAUCUGAAUGCUAAGUUAUCACUAUACUCACGAAGCUUUGUGAAACAAAUGCGUCGUUGUGAAGAAAUGGAACGAAAACUUCGGUUCUUGGAGAAACAAGUCAUCACAUGCAAACCUGGUCUCGAUCCAAAAUCCAUUGAUUUCGGAGACCUAUCAGCUCCAACUCAAGCAGAGAUGAUUCAAUUAGAACACAAGUUAGAUCAGCUGGAGAAAGAAUUUCUUGAUCUGAAUAACAACGAUUACGCUUUGAGAAGGAAUCUCAACUCUUCUAGAGAAUUCCUCCAUGUCAUGAAACUCGUCGAUGAAUUUUUCCAAGUUCAUAAAGAAGAAGAAGCGAAAGCUCGGUUCGAACGAUCAGCUACCACUGAUGAUAUUGAAAUGUUUUCGAAGUCAUUUGGAUUCGGUGGCUUGCCUAGCAGCAAUGAAUUACCAAUGACUCCAUUGUUAGGAGCUGACGACAAUGCAUGGUUUGUUGCUGGUGUCUUGCCACUCGAUAAAAAAGAAUCAUUCGAACGUGUUCUCUGGCGUGCUUGUCGUCGUACUGCAUUCGUCCGUACUUCUGAUUCACAUUUCUUAGUGAAUGAUCCUGUGACUUUGGAACCGCUCCCAAAGUGUGUGUUUAUAGUAUUUUUCAAAGGAGAAUCUCUUCGAUUGAUUGUAGAAAAAGUGUGUGAUGGGUUCAACGCUACCCAAUAUCCUUGCCCAAAAUCUUCAAAAGACCGAAAAAUGAAAAUGUCUGAAACAGAAGGAAGAAUGAAUGAUUUAACUGUAGUUAUUGAUACCACCCAAACUCAUCGUUACACGAUUCUCAAAGAUUUGUCAUACGAACUUCCAAUUUGGCUGAAGAAUAUACAAAUUCAAAAAUCAGUUUUUGGCGUUAUGAAUAUGUUCACGGUCGAUACGAAUGGUUUUCUGGCUGGAGAAUGCUGGAUUCCUGCAGCAGCAGAAGAAAACGUUAGGCAGGCACUUCACGAUGGAUUUAAAGCUAGUGGAACAGAGGUAGAACCCAUUCUCAACGAACUUUGGACCAAUGCUCCACCCCCUACACUACACAAAACGAACAAAUUCACACGUGUUUUCCAAAGUAUUGUUGACUCCUAUGGAGUAGGUCAAUAUCGUGAAGUGAAUCCUGCCCCUUACACAAUCAUCACGUUUCCUUUCUUGUUUGCAAUUAUGUUUGGUGAUGCUGCUCAUGGAGCAAUUCUUCUUCUUGCUGGUCUAUUUUUCAUCAAAAACGAACGAAAGAUUGAAGCUAAAAAGAUUAGAGAUGAGAUUUUCAAUACUUUCUAUGGUGGUCGGUAUAUAAUGAUGUUAAUGGGCCUUUUCUCUAUUUAUACCGGAUUUUUGUACAAUGAUGCAUUUGCCAAAUCGUUCAAUGUAUUCGGAAGCGGAUGGUCUAACUCAUACAAUGAGACACAGUUGGAUUGGUGGAUUGCUCGCGCUUAUAGAAAGAAACGAGAAUUUGCGUUGGAAUUAGUUCCGGAGAAGUCAUUUGAUUACGAGAAAACGUAUCCUUUCGGAGUUGAUCCUAUUUGGAAUAUUGCUGAUAAUAGGUUAUCAUUUCUGAAUUCGAUGAAAAUGAAAGCAUCUGUUGUGAUUGGAAUAACUCAAAUGACAUUUGGAGUAUUCUUAUCAGUUCUGAAUCAUAUUCACUUCAAAUCCUACAUCGAUGUCAUUACUAAUUUUAUUCCUCAAGUAAUUUUCCUGUCGUGCAUCUUCAUUUAUCUCUGUAUACAAAUUAUAGUCAAAUGGAUCUUUUUCAAUGUGAAUGCUGGUGAUAUUCUAGGAUACGCGUAUCCAGGCUCCCACUGUGCUCCAUCCCUCCUCAUUGGACUUAUCAAUAUGUUCAUGUUCAAAAAACGAAAUGAAGGGUAUUAUGAUCAGGAUGGAAAGGUUUACAGGAAUUGCCAUCUAGGUUAUUGGUAUCCAAAUCAGAGAUUAGUGGAAACAGUUUUGAUUUCGAUUGCUGUUGCAUGCAUACCAAUUAUGUUGUUAGGAAAACCAUUAUGGGUGAGAUUCGUCACAUCAAAACGGCAUAAACUUCAAGAAACGAAGAGUCUGAAGAGUAUCAAAAGAAAUGGGACAACUGUCAGUGCCCCAACUAGUCCAGUGGUGGAGACGGGCCCACCGAGAUUUACGCAAGAGGAUGCAGAACUGCUUUUAGCUGAUGAACUUGACAUUGGGGAUGACAUUCAUCAUUCACUCACUGAUAUUUUUGUGCAUCAAGCUAUUCAUACGAUCGAAUUUGUUCUUGGAUGUGUUUCUCACACCGCAUCUUAUCUCCGUCUUUGGGCACUUUCUUUAGCUCAUGCUCAGCUUUCGGAAGUUAUGUGGCACAUGGUGCUUAUGCAGGGAAUUCAUUCGAUGGAUACGAUUGAGAAUAAAGACGUCGCAUUCUAUCUGCAGCCUAUUGUUGCUUCAAUUUCAUUCCUCAUUUUCGCAAUUUUAUCUCUUUCGAUUCUGAUUAUGAUGGAAGGUCUCUCCGCGUUUCUUCAUGCUCUUCGCCUUCAUUGGGUAGAGUUCCAAUCCAAAUUCUAUCUUGGAACCGGACAUCCGUUCCAUGCUUUCUAUCUAAAAGAAAGUCUGGAAAAUGCUCAAUUGAUAACAGAAGAGACAGAUCGACUUGCAGAUAUUUCAAGAGGACAACAUUAA